AUGAUCAAGCUAAGCCGGAAGACGCGCUCGCUGCUGGCGCUGGCCUUGAACUCGCUGGCCCUCUGCUUCGCGGUGUCGGCCUUCGCCACCAGCUACUGGUGCGAGGGGACGCACAAGGUGGUCAAGCCGCCGUGCCUGUCGGCCAUCAGGAAGGGCAACUGCGUGCCCGUCGGGGCCAACGAGACGGAGGCCGGGAACGCCACCCUGGACCCCAAUGUGGUGCAGUACAUCUGGGAAACGGGCGAGGACAAGUACGCCUUCCGGUACUUCCACACCGGCUUCUGGCUCUCCUGCGAGGAGCACCACGGAGACGAGAUCUGUCGCAGUUUCAUAGAGCUGCCCCCCGAGUCGGAGAAAGGGGUGCUGUGGCUGUCGGUGGCGUCGGAGUUCCUGUACAUCGUCCUGCUCAGCGUCGGCUUCGUGCUCAUGGGGCUGGACGCCACCUGCUACGCAGACUUCAUCGCCGGGCUCAAGAUCAACGCCUUCGCCGCGGUGAUCACCGUGCUGUCGGGCUCUCUGUCCCCAGGCCUCCUGGGCAUGGUGGCCCACAUGAUGUACAUGACCGUCUUCCAGGUGGCUGUCAACCUGGGGCCCAAGGAUUGGAGACCCCAGACCUGGUUUUACGGCUGGUCCUUCGGCAUGGCCUGGCUCUCGUUCACGCUCUGCAUGUCGGCCGCGGUGCUGACCCUCAACACUUACACCAAGACCCUGCUGGAGUUCCAGCACCGCCGGCGGAUCUGCGAGCAGCAGAGCCAGCGCGGGCCGCGCUCCCCUGGCCUGGCGCCCGACUUCCAGCGCUUCCUGUGGGACAAGUACGUCUUCAGCGUCAGUGACUCGCUGGACUUCUCCCCCGGCCGCUCCCGCCCCACCGCUGGGGGGCGCAAGGGCUGCGGGGGGGGCUACGCCGGCCUGGCCGGGGGGCGCUGCGGGGAUGCCGGCGACCCAGACGAUGGCGAACCCUGCUAGGGGGUGGGGGGAAUCGACCCACACAAUUCCUCUCCCCCAUUCAUGCCCCCUUCCUCCUCCCCAAUCCAUGUCCCUUUCCCUCCUCCCACAAUCCCCUCCCCAAUGGGGAAACUGGGCAGGUGGUGCAGGGCAAAGGCAGCCCCAGGGUCAGAGACCCUUAGUGGGGAUGGCGGGUGGCGAAGGCCGGGGAAGCCUGAGGGUCA